AUGAAAGAUAUAAUUGCUUCUGUGGAACAAGGCAUAAAUAACCUAACCAUUGAUGAAAAGAAUGACAUUCGGGAACGCAUUUCUUCUGUAAUUAAAAGUGCCAAAUGCCCGACCAACCGAAACCUUUCUCGGCAAGAAGAAAAAGCGUUAAAAGAUUUUCGAAAUGAUAAAGAAAUAAUGAUUAUAAAAGCGGAUAAAGGUAAUGCCGUAGUAAUUAUGAAUCGGACAGAUUAUCAAAACCAUGUAGAGGAAAUGUUAAAGCAUAAAAACACUUAUAAGCGUAUCACGGACAAAAGACGCAAUCCAACAUCGAAAACUGAGACAGAUCUGCAACAAAUUUUAUUAAAAUUAAAUGACACGGGAUAUAUAACAGAAAACGAGUAUACCAAGUUAAAACCUUUCGACUCCUACCCUGCGGCUUUUUACUGUUUACCCAAAAUACAUAAAGUAUCUUUGGUUGAGCAAGAUGAACAUUUCAAAACAGAAGCGGGCACUGACAUUCCUUUUAGACCAAUUAAUAGCUCAAUCGGAUCUCCUACAUAUGAAGUAUCUAAGUAUUUGGCGCGUAUAUUAAAGCAUCUAUAUAAUGAGAACUAUACAGUAAAAAAUUCGAAGGAAUUUGCAACUUUUGUCACCAACCAGAAAAUUAAUCCGGACGAACAGCUUGUAUCGUUUGACGUAACCUCCUUGUUCACGUCAAUUCCCGUUGAUUUGGCUCUGCAAAUUAAUCGUAAAAGAAGAGCUUGCAAACACAAAUCGUUGGACACAACACACCAAUUUAACCGCAGAACAGAUUUACAACUUAUUAAA